ACAAGACUCCCAGCUGAAAUACAGACUCUGGAUACUUUAUACAAAUAACCGAGUGUAAAAUUUUAGCACAAUAAUCCUCCAGAGUUGAUUAGUUUCAGGUGUGGCUGUUGUACUUCCGGUUGCUCUCAAGAAUAAAAGGAGAAUCAAAAUGAGCAUUCGGGGACAGAACCAGGUGGAGAAGAAGUACGACCCCCUAGAUACCACCCUGAAGUUUGUCGACAGGAAGAAUGACUUGGAUCCAAUGUGUGACGAUGAUGAUGACAGUCUAAGAGCAGAGAUGUCCUGCGGCCACGCUGUCACCCCUGAGUCUCUCACACUGUGGUGUCUCCACCAGCUGGAUGAGGGUAAAUACAACUUCAGAUGUCCUGCCGUGGUGGAGGGGACCAAACUGUGCAAUAAGCCGUGGUCGUACCAGGAGGUGCGCAGACUGGCUGAUUUGUCUGUUGAGGAAAUGCAGCACUUUGAGGAGACCAUGGCUCUCCUGGCUGCUGCGGAGUACUGCGAAAUGCAGCCAUGCCCAAGGUGCAAAACGAAUGUGGAGAGGAAGGAUCUCUCCAACCUGUGUGUCCGCUGCAUCAUAUGCACAGCCGACCAGAAGAAGACCUACCACUUCUGCUGGCAGUGUCAGAGGGAGUGGAAAGGUUCAGGCCCUCGAUCUGACCGCUGCGACAAUGACGGCUGCAUCAACAGGGACCUGCAGCUUCUGCAGACAUGCAAGACCAUCAGUCUGCCCUCAGUGACGGGGGUCACCGCCUGCCCCUCGGUCCGGGCCUGUCCUACAUGCGGCAUGAGGGUGGAACACAGUCGACAAUACUGCAAAAACAUCACCUGCCCUCGCUGCCACGUGGAGUUCUGUUUCGUCUGCCUGAAACUAAAACGUGAAUGUUCGGUGACCAGCUCGCCGUAUAAGAUCUGUCCCAGUGGCGUGGCUCCCAGACAGACAUCUAUCCCUGUGUGGCAGAGAAAGUGAAAAAUGGGCCUGUCUACAUAUGUGUAAAGAUAAACUCUUAACGCUCAUUGAUACGAAUGUGACAGAUAAACAUACUCUCCAAAACAAGUGUAACUUUUUUUCUUUUUACAUCUGGCCUACACUGCCUCCCUCUGGCUGGACUUUGAACUGCACCUGAUGUUUUAUCACCGCUGAUAAUGUUACUUAUGAUAAAUUCUGUGUCUACAAAGUGAAACUGCUUCAAAAAGUUAAUUUUGAUUUCGAUUGAGAAACAUUCUGAUCACUCAAUAAAAUCACAGAAAUCUUCAUGCAUUGUAAAAAA